AUGGCUUCCGUUUCUCACUAUUUCCUGCUAGUUCUGGUCUUUCUGGACUCACAUGCAGCUCAGCCAUCCUGUCUGCCAGGAUGUACCUGCUCAGAGGAGAGUUUUGGCCGGACUCUGCAGUGCAUGUCCAUCUCUUUGGCAAAGAUCCCAGGGAACAUUCCAGAAGAGUUCAAGCGAGUGAGAAUUGAACAUUCAUCCUUAUUUGAAUUGUCCCGGAAGUCUUUCAUCAACAUGAGCACCUUGGAAUACCUUUGGCUCAAUUUUAACAAUAUUACUGUUAUCCACCUAGGAGCCCUGGAGCACCUGUCAGAACUGAAAGAACUGAGACUGGAGGGGAACAGACUCCGUUCAGUACCGUGGACAGCGUUCCAUGCCACCCCACUCCUGAGGGUCUUGGAUCUCAAACACAACAGGAUUGACGUACUCCCUGAGCUAGCUCUUCAAUUCUUGGUCAAUCUGACCUACCUUGACCUAUCCUCCAAUAGGCUUACAGUUGUAUCCAAGACCGUCUUCUUGAACUGGCCAGCCUACCAGAAACACCAGCAACCUGGCCCUGGGGCCAAUAUUCUCACUGACAUGGUGCUGGCAUUGCACAACAACCCCUGGCUAUGUGACUGUCGCUUAAGGGGACUUGUUGAGUUUGUAAAGUUCAUCAGCCUCCCAGUCAUCCUGGUGAAUCCCUAUCUGAUGUGCCAAGGCCCUCUCUCCAAGGUGGGGCAGUUUUUUCAAGAAACUGAGCUCAGUGCUUGUGUGAAGCCCCAGAUCUCAACCCCCAGUGUCAAUGUCACCAUCCAGGUGGGACAGAAUGUAACCCUGUGCUGCCUGGCACAGGCCAGCCCCUCGCCAACCAUUGCAUGGACAUAUCCCAUGAGUCUAUGGAGGAAAUUUGAUGGGUUGCUGAGAGGCAAAAAUCUCCACCCAGUGUUGACUUCAUCUACUGCAGAAGAUGCUGCUGUGUCGGAGCUGGUCAUACCUGCUGCCCACCUAGUAGACAGGGGUAACUACACCUGUGUGGCUUCCAACUCCAUCGGCAGGAGCGCCAUCGUCAUCUCGCUCCAUGUCCAGCCUGCAUCCCAGUCUCUUUCCACCCCCUCGGGGGGCAAUGCCUACGUUGACCUGCGGGUGGUCAAACAGACAGUGCGAGGGAUCCUGCUGGAGUGGUUCGUAAUGGCCGACACCUCUGAGCAGAAGUGGUUCACCCUGUACAUUGCAUCGGAUGUAGCCCUCAGGAAGGAGGUGGUCCACAUUGGCCCCGGAAUCAACACAUACGCUGUGGAUGACCUCCUUCCGGGCACUAAAUACGAGGCAUGUCUCAGCCUGGGGGCCCAGCCCCCACGCCAGGGCCAGUGUGUGGUCUUUGUGACAGGCAGAGACCGUGGUGGGCUGGAUGAAAGGGAACAUCUGCUGCACGUCACAGUGGUCCUGUGUGCAGUGCUGCUCUCAGUGCCUGUGGGUGCCUAUGUCUGGGCAGCCCAGGCCCCCUGCCGCUGCAGGCAGUGGUGCCAGCACUGCUGUCCCUACCGCAGAAAAGCCCCCAGGUGCCCCCCGUGCAGCCCCACAGCACAGGGAUGA